AUGGGCCUGUCUCAGCUGUCAACCACCCCCCUCCCCCCAAAAACAAGAAAUUUAAUUAGGGGUAGUCCUACUUUGCAGGUGCCGAUCGACCGGCUUCGAUUGGCUAUGCAGGCUUAUGGUCUGCUGACAAAGAAGGAAGAAGAGGAAAAGCCGGUGGAGGUUGUUUCAGGGGUCCAGACCAUGCGCACAUUACAUAGCCACGGCCUCGGCAAUCGUGUAUCUGCCUGCAGAGCCCCGCUAUCUCUUGACACGUCUCCGGUACGGUCCAUAGUAGACCGUCGUGGCCGAGAUAAGACGAGAUUCCUGAGAACGGAUGACGGGCCCAAAACAGGCACCCCGCGGGACCUGGAAAGGGGAGCCAAGGAGUACGGGAAUAAACCAGCUCGGCCGGGCCCUGGUCCUGGUCAUGACCCUCUUUUCCCCCUUUUACGGCCCCCUGGCCCCCCUUGGCCCCCUUGGCCCCCCUUGGCCCCCCUUGGCCCCCCUGCCCUCCGCUCGCCCACCCCAAUCGUCCCGAAUGGGCAAGCUCCACCCCCUUCUGGGCAUUCUCCACAUCUCGUUCAGCCGCAGACGAUGAAUGUAUCUAAUGACAACGGCGCCUCGCCGAAAUCUGCUUCACCCUGCUCACACUCUUUUUCAACCCCCAACAUCUCUCUCUCUACCUCACCACCUCACCACCUCACCACCUCAUCACCCCCACCACCUCACCACCUCCCGCGCCGCCCUCCGUCCAUGCCGUCACCCUCAGCAGCAACAACAACAACAUUCGCUAUAUGUUGUCACCGUGGUCGUCGCCGUCGUCUUUUUCAUUAUCGUGAUCUCAACUCUCGUUUCGUCCCUCACUCGGUGGACCCCUCCCCCUUCACACUCGUUUUUCAGGCCAAUCUCCUCUCUUUUUUCAUUUCUUCAUCUUCUUCAUCUUCUUUAUUUUACCUCCUCCUUCGUGGGAUCGCAGCCAUGGUGUCCACGCUGCUCACCUUCACCCUCGCCGUAUCCUUUUCGAUUCUCGCUCAAGUUCAUGGAUCCGCGAUCCCUAAUUCUCGUCGCUCCGAUGGCAUCUUGAGGCUGCCCGUUACCGCCGUGAGGUCCACCCACAAGCGAGAGGAGCAUACCGCACUUUACAACAUCCAGACCGGCACACGUUACAUGAUCGAGUUCACCUUGGGAUCCCCUCCGCAGAGUCACGCCCUGCAGCUGGACACCGGAUCGUCAGAAACCAUGCUCAACCCGACCUGCGCGCUGGCCGGACGUAUCACGUCUCGGGAACUCUGCGAAUACUUCCCACACUACAUCGCUAACGCCUCGACAACGGCCCGCGAUCUCAAGCUGUCCACGACUUUCACCUACGGCAAAGGCGGCGGCACCAUCCGGUUUUUUUCCGAUGACUUCGUGAUCGGAGGUAAAGAUGGCCAUGUUCCCUCUCCUAGCCAGCAAUCAGCUAACCAUCCGUCAGAGUCCACCAUCACGGCUCAACAAUUCGGUCUCACAACGACAAGCCAUGACCUUCCGGUAGGAUUGCUGGGCGUUGGACCAGGAAUCGAGUUGACCGGCUAUCCGACUCUCGUUGAUAAUCUAGCCAUUCAAAACAUCACCAACUCCCGUGCUUUCAGUAUCGACUUGAGAGCCUACGACACUGAAGCCGGGGCCGUGAUCUUUGGGGGUAUCGAUACGGGCAAGUACAUUGGAGCCCUGCAGAAGCUGCCCAUCAUACCGCCCGGAGAGGCGCCGGAUAAGUUCGCUCGUUACUGGGUCUACAUGAACUCAAUCGGGAUCACCAAGCCGGGAGAGGCCAAGAAGCUCUACACCCUACCUUCGACCGACCCCAGAGGCCAGCCAGUCUUCCUGGACAGCGGUGGAACUCUCACUCGUCUUCCCUCUACCCUGGUCAAUGCCAUCGUCGCCGACUUUCCAGGUGCAGUCAAUGACGGUGGCUCUGGUUUGUACCUGGUGGAUUGUGCCACGGCCAAUAAGACGGGGUCCAUUCACUUUGGCUUCGGUGACACCGUGAUCGAUGUUCCAUACAGAGACUUCAUGUGGCAUAUCUUGGGCAUGUGCUAUCUCGGCAUCACCAUUGAUGAGGAUCUCCCAGUUCUGGGCGCCUCUUUUCUCAGAGGAGCAUUCGUCGUGUUCGACCAAGAUAACCAGAACGUGCACAUCGCCCAGUCGGGCGACUGUGGAACCAACUUGGUCCCCAUCGGCAAGGGACCUGAUGCUGUUCCUUCUCUCGUAGGUGGCUGUGGUUCUCUACCGAGGUCGUCUUCGGCUCUGCCUAGCACGGUACAGUCCGGCACUUCGGUCACUAGGUCCAUUACAGAAACGUCAAGCCCAGCUCCUUCCACCGCCGGGUCCCUGACGCAACCUGCCGGUGCGUCCGCUACUUCUCCCGGCAGCCCGCCGGUUGCUCCCCCUAAAUCAGGGCCUCCCGCUGUUCAGACGCCCGGUGUUGUACCUCCCACUGUUCAGACGCCAGGUGUUGAACCUCCCGCUGUUCAGACGCCAGGUGUUGGACCUCCCGCUGUUCAGACGCCAGGUGUUGAACCUCCCACUGUUCAGACGCCAGGACCUCCCGCUGUUCAGACGCCAGGUGAUGGAUCUCCCGCCUACGUCCCUGGAUCAGGGCCUCCCGCUGUUCACAACCCAGGAGUUGGAUAUCCUGCUGCUCCGGCCAUCUCCCCUCCCCCGGAGUCCACUCCAUUAAAUACUCCGAUUUACACGUUCAGCAGCAACGCCGUUACCAAGACCAUCUUCGCCACCCAGGUCUACACCAUCACCGCGUGCGCAGCAUCCGUCACAGAUUGUCCGAUAGGAAAGGUCACUACCACAGUCGUACCCGAGAAGACCAAGGUACGCAUAGACAAGUACAUACUCGCAACGACGACAGGCUACGCGAGCAUCCCACUCGAGUUAGUUGCCAACCCGGCCCCUAUCGCACCGAAAAUUCCGAUUUCUUUCCCAGUUCCCCUGCAAGUCUUGCCAGAUCCAGCUGUGACCUACCGCCCAAGUCCUACUCUAGGCCCACCUGCAGGGCUCCCGCCAGUCAAAUGGGACACGGUGUCCGUCUACUCGGCAGUUCCUUACCCUGUCGCGUCAGGAGCCAACGGCAACCCUGGAUACCCGUAUGGUGGCCCGCUCAACGUCACUGCCAUGCCUUUCCUGAGUGCGGCGGAAUCCACGAGGGGGAACCCCCUGUCUGGGUGUCUGUGUGUCUGUCUGCCUGUCUGGUCUCUCUCUGCUUCUGCCGAAGCCCAUGGUGAACGAGUGGUGGGCUCUCACGGAUCAUCAUCACCACCCUCCUCCUCCUCCUCUGUCUCUGACUUGCGUGCUGCUCGGUUGGUUGGUUGGUUUCACUUGCCUAGUCGCGCACGCACCUCUCGAUCUCAGGAUUCAGGGUUGGGAUUAGGAUUAGGGGCUUGUUCGUAUUGUGAAUUCGGAGUUCAGAGGGGUCGGAUCUUUCGCUACAAGAGCGAGUCCGUGAAGCCUCCCAAGACGUUUAUUGAUAUACAGAAAAUCGCUACUUCCCACAGCCUGCUGAUCAGUGGAAGCACAUCCGACUUCUCUACCCUCAUCCGAAAAGACAUCGACGAGCGUUCCUCGCGCCGACGAGCCGCAACGAACGAGUCCGAAAAUAGCCAGGUAUUGUACAUGGCCAACCCCAAACGAUCGCGGCGGUCAGGGCGCAAAUCCCUCUCCUCGGUCGCCAACAAUCUUUCCCGCGGGUACGAGGGCUCGUCCGAUAAAGAGGAAGCCCAUGUCCGUGAUACUUUGUCGUGGAACAUCAUCGACCAGGAGAUCUACGAGUGGCAGUACGUCUGCCAGACAGGUCGUCCCUACUGGUGGUCCCAAGAGUCGAAAUACACACGCUUGAAGAAGCUGCAGCCGCGAGUGCGCGAUAGCUCUACCGGCUGCUGGAUGCGCGAGCUGGAUGCAAGUCCCAAGCCCGUGUUUGCCGAGAAGAGACGAGCGGUAUCCGACAACUACUUCUGCGAUCCAAGUACCAUCCACGACCUCGCUCACUUGAUCGCCGUACAGCUUCUCGGAGCAUGUUUUACGCUGCCACCAGAUCACAUCCUUGGGAUCCCAUCUCCGAGCUAUACGUUCGAUAGGUAUGCUGCUGGGAGAUUGCCGGAUCCCAGGAUGAUCAGUUCGUUGAGGAUGCAUACCCAGUUUCGAUAUUCUCCCAGUUUUGGACACCAGGCGAGGAACACAUCGCCAGUGCAGGCCUGGCCGAGGCGGUUUGGAGCAUCUUCUCCUGGAUUUUCUACCUCGGUUGCAGGUACCGGCGAUUCAACUGGUGCAUCCAGAAGAGCAAGCCGUCGCCGAACUGUGAAUACCACCAAUGGCUCGGCAUCUUCCGGGUCAUUGGAUAGCAAUGGGAAAGAUAUUUUGGACGGAGCCUCAAGAACUGAGACCAGUCGCCCGACGACCAGUGGCCACCCCGCCUAUUCCAGCAAUCGAACCUCCAACGGAAGACAGCAGCGAUCGUCUCAGGGCGAAUGGAAAAUAACAUAUCCAGACUCAACUUCGAACUCUCGGCCUGGAUCGAAAUACAGUCUCGAGGCAGCCAUCCGCUCGGAGCCUCAUCACGUCUUCAUCCAGCCAGUCCGAGAACUGGUGGUCAAGCGCUGGGCGAAAUUCAAGCGCCGUCUGAGUGGCAGCUUGCACUCGGCACUGCCGAUGCGAGGAUCCGAGGACCAAGGCUCUGAGCUGGGAAGCACUGUCUCAAGUAGUGAUGCCAGGACUCGCAGACGCAGAGCUCAAGAGCGAGGAGAGAUCCACAGCUCAAUCGACAGUACACCGCCAGCACACUAUAACUCGCCAGCCAGUGGAAAUGCAUCCCCGAGCGGCAGUCCGAUGAGAGUUGAUUGGAGCAGGGCUCCUGUAUUCCCACUAUCGAAUGCUAAUAUAUCGGAAGGAGCUCUUGCAGCAGCAGAUCGGCGUAUAGCCGCGGCUGCUUUGUCGAGAAGUUCAUCGCCGUCGCCACGGAUACGGUAUACUUAUCCCUCCGAGUCACCUGUUCACUCACCGCAGGAAAUGUCUGGACUCGCUCCUCUUUCCAGGCCAGCAUUUCCGCUCUAUCCGCCCGUCAGAUUCUCGUCGUCCGGGUCGGUCGCGGCUCCGAAAUCGAAACCGAAAUCAUUCUCAUCCGCGAGAAACUCUGCCCGACAGCAGAGGAAGAGCAGAUUAUCAGAGAUGCACACUCUAGACGAUGUGCAUGCUGAGCAUCCAGAGCUUGAUGACCGACAUGCGCUAAGUGCGCCUGCUAGCACGUUGAACAGCACGGUAGUCAGCCCGAUGGAACUACCUGGGAGAUUGCUGGAGGACUUGAGUGCUGCCAGUUCUCCUGACCCAGUGGCUUGGAGACCAAGAAUGGAGAGGCUGAGUUCGAAUGGGACGCAGAUUUUCACACCUCAGGAUGAUGGCAUCGAGCUUGAUGGGUUGCCGGUUGGUCCUGCGAGUAAUGUCUGGACCCGGGGCGUGGGGAGGGAGAGUUCGUACUUGUGA